GUUCCGUGAGGAGUGAAGCUGGUUGAAUCAGAUAUGCCAGUUUUGUGAGAAUCGUUGGACGACCGUGAUGGAAUGAGACUUCUUCAUAUUGCGAAUCAUUGCGCCUUUAUGAAGACCGAUUUCCUCGUGUCAAAUGAGUGUGGACUGUGAAAUGUACAGAACCCGAAAACCGUGUGAACGGGACGCGUUCAGUGCAGAAGACUGAUUAUAACAGCAGUUCAAGAAGAAAUAAACUUACGGAAGACAUUCGCAAACCUGGUUGGUACUCUUCGUUACACAGUGACGAUCAUUGAAUUGCAGGUGGAGCGCAAGCGUUUCGUCGUGAAUUCUGCGUUUCAAUUUGUGUCAAGCCUUCCGCAACACUCCCACCGACCAUCGCCAGUCCAUUCGUCACUGCUGUGCAAGCGGCCGCCAUAUCGUCGUCUUGACUUCAGGCGCAUCGAAAUGGAGCCUUGCGCCGCAAUGCGGCCUGCUUUCUUGAAGGGCGAUGAGGGCACCCUGCUUACGAGCCAUGAAGCAGAGUAUAUUGUAGAGCACCUCUCUUGUUUAGGCAUCGAUCAGGUUGGCAGCGCGGCAUGGAUAAAGCAGCAUGCAAACUUGGAAAAAUUGAACCUUCAGGCCCACUACAAUACGAUGGCCCUCUGUGAUGAGUUCGUCAUGGCUGCCCUUAUUUCACACAACAAGAUGGACGUUCUGAUACACGAGCUUCUGGUUAUUGAGAUUUGGUUAGAAAAGGUCUUUCCACACCUACUUCCUGCUCUCGCUGUCCAAGCGACGACAAUGACCCUGGGUCUCCUCUUGUAUCACGAGGCAACAAUAAUCAACUUGCUGGAGGUGGCUUUGUUUCAUUCUGAAGCCUGUGAAGCACUUGGAUCAGAUGCUCUAUUGGAGCUAGCAGAUUAUACGUACAGGAAAGUUGUUUACUUGAAUACAAAAGCCUGGGAAGAUGCCUCCGCCAAAGAAAGAACGGCUUCGGAGAUGGUCAACCUCAAACCAGAAGAAGAGGUCGAAGAUAAGGUCGCCCGUAAUCGGUUCUGCGCUGGUGUUUGCGCCCUUAGUGUGCUGAGGUACCUGACGGACUACAUUUCGAGCCUCUCUCCUUGUGUUAUGGCUCGUCUACUGGAUUGCCACGAUGUUGUCAUGGCUCUGAUUCCACUUGUUGAAUCUGCUCCGUGGACAAGAAAGCGAAAGUCUGGCGACAAGAGAUGGGUCGAGAAAUAUAGUAAAGGGAAGUGGAGUGAAGUUCCACCCGCCGACAGAUACCUGUUAGUUGAGCCUGACGUGCAGCUUUGGCUCGCCAUAAACAAUCUGCUUGUCGACCUGAAAUGUAGAAAUAAGUACGCGUACGAUAGUUACCGCAGAAGUCAGGUUCUGAAGCUGCAUAAAUACGUAAACGACCUACUGCUCGACCAACUGCCAGUUUUGAAAGACCUUCGCUGGGUUUUGGAAGAGCUUCAGCUUAAGAUUCUCAAUACUGAUCCGGACAGAGGAGGCCUGAUACUAGAGCAGGUUCCAGCCCUCAGGGAGUCAAUGCUACGACGGGAUGACUGGCAGGAACUCGCGCAAAAGCAGUUACUAACGAUAUUGGCCAACGAGGCCCCGAACCAGAGCGCAAUGAAUGAGCGGGUCCUGGAGAUGAUGCGCAUGUUUGAAUUUGGGGAACUGAUGGAGCCUCCAACAUGCGCCGCAUGUGGUGGUCAGGCUGUUAAUCGUUGUUCGCGGUGCAAGACCGAGUGGUACUGCGGAAAAGCUUGCCAAGUGAGGGUUUGGCAAAAGCACAAGAAGGCUUGUGAACUUCUAGUCCGAGCUUCUCAUAACCAGCCGAACAAAAUCGUCCAAGCUUAGCUCAUGGGCAGGUAUCAGCACUCUUUGAUGUUGGGACAUCCUGACAUAAGCGCUGCGUUGUCUUUCCGUGAAAACAAAUUCGAGUUUGGACGAUAGACUGCCUUGUAAAACGAAUGAUUUUGCAUCUGUCAGGCUUUUGUGGGUCACGGUGAGAUGAUGAUGAUGAUGAGAGAUGGUGAGAGGGGCCAAGGAAUGGGAUAAUAGGCAUCUGUUGACCCAAGCACGGGAACCCCCGUCCGAUGCUCCAGGGCAAUGAUCGAACUGGGCUCUUAAACUCUGAACUUCCUGGGAAGCACAACGUCCUGACGAUUAGCACACAAGCUGAUACCUUUUGCUACCAGCGAAAUAAAAUUUUCAAAUUAAUUGUGUAUUUGUGAAUGUUCAUUCGAGGGACAUACAAAGCCAGUGGGCAGAUUCGAGCAAACCUUUGAUGACACGUCGCCAACUAUUUUGGUAUACCAUGACGGCAACUUAAUAAACUGAAGUGC